AUGACUUGGUAUUAUAGCCCCCUUGCCUUGUUGGUCGCUCCGGUCAAAUAUCUUCUCAAUCAGAUGAGACAACUACUUGGCGCCCGAGAUAGUCCAACUCAAAUUUUUGGUGGCAAUUUGGCAACCCUCAGCCCUAAAUAUGCGAAAGAUGAAGAAAUAUUAGCGGAUAUUUUACAGGAAUUUCAAAUGCAGACUACUGGUUUCGUUUCGAUCAACGCCCAUGCUUGGGAUCAAGAUUAUAGCAAGAUCACCGAUAUUGGAGUAUGCACAUGGCGUGAAUAUUCUUUCAAGCAUGUUACAAAAUCCUCCUAUCAUUGGAGAAUUAGGGAAAAUAUGUCUCUGAAGAAUAUAUACGUGCCAAAUGAGCCCGACAUAUUUGCCUUCGGUAGCACGAAAAUAAUCAACGAGUUUCAUAUAGCACAAGUCAUCGAUAGUGUCCUUGAACCUUUCAUUGCAGAAUUUCCAAAGGUAAUCGUUGUUGGAUAUGAUAUUAAAUCGACGAUGCACCUUCUCCAUACAAAAUGGAAGCCACCCGAGUCAAUAGUGUUUCUUGAUACACAAAAGCUAUGGCAGAUUAGGAACCACCAUUCGGAUCGUGUUGAUCUCGAAAGGGCGCUUGAGACAACACCAGCUGCGAAUUACGAAAGGAGACUACUACAUAAUGCUGGAAAUAACGCAAGGUAUAUCCUCGAACUAAUAUAA